AUGGUGGAUAAAAUUAAAGAAGAUGCUAUUAUUCAAAACACUUUUCAGAUAUGCUUGAAAAAAGAGGAAUGUAAUAAUAACAAAUUAUAUUUAGAAUCUUAUGUGAAAGAAUUAAAAGAAAACAAUGAGGAAUUAUAUUUUUUGGUUGAUAAUUUAUAUUUUAUUUUACUUCACAAGAUAAGUGAUUUACAUAGACAGAAGAAAAAUUGCUUAAGUUAUUUAUGUUCAUGUGCUUCUCGGUUAGUUGAUAAAAGUUUAUAUAAAGGUAUAAAUAUGAAUAAUAAAGAAAGUGAUAUAAUAAUUAAUGAGAUAUCUGAUCAAAUUGUUAAUUGUGUAAUCAUAUAUUUAGAAAAUUUGGAUAUAUAUCCAAAUAUGAAAAUAAGUAAAAAAGAAAGAAUGGAAGUAUUUUAUGAAUUUUUAAAAAAAUCUUGUACAUCUCGAUUUUUAAAAAAAUUAUUGUCUUUUAUAGAAGAAAACGAUAAAAACGAAGAAGAUGAAAAUAGUAAACAGUUAAAUAAAUUCUUUAAUCCAAUUAUAGAUCUGAUAUUAAGUAAUUUGAAUAAUAGAAGUUUAGUGUAUCCAAAAAAUGAUGUCGCUGUUUUGUUCAGUUUCUUGACAGGUUUCAAACCUAUAGCUGAUUUGAUAACACAUAACAAGUCUAUGUUUUUAUAUAUAAAUGUGAAAGAUCGUAUGAAGGAUAAUAUGAAUUGUGAUAUAAAAAAGGAAAGUGAUAAAAAUUUAUUAUCAACAUGUAAGAGUAUGCCUGUAAAUACCAUGGGUUCUUCUACAAGUAAUAUAACAACAAAUCAUAAUAAUAACAGCAAUGGUACUAAUGAUGUUCCACAAGAGGGACCUACGACCAUCAACUCUACUAAUAAUAAUGUGAAUAAUAAUAAUGAUAAUAAUAAUAAUAAUGUGAAUAAUAAUAAUGAUAAUAAUAAUAAUAAUGUGAAUAAUAAUAAUGUGAAUAAUAAUAAUAAUGUGAAUAAUAAUAAUGUGAAUAAUAAUAAUAAUGUGAAUAAUAAUAAUAAUGUGAAUAAUAAUAACAUAAAUAAUAACAUAAAUAAUAACCUUAGUAAUAAUAACAUCAAUCGUAGAAGCGUGCCAUACACACAUUUCCAUAGCAGCAUUAUACAAAAUAGUUAUUCGCGCUUUAGUAGAGAUAAAGAAAUUAGUACUUGUGGAUACAACUUCCAAUUGAAUAGCUUACUAGGUCGCCUAAUUUCACCUACAAUUAUUAAUAUGCCAAAUAUAAUUAAAAAAGAGGAGAUUGCUAUGUAUAAAUAUUUCUUUAACAGUAAUACAAAUAGUUUAAAUAAGAUGACACUAAAUGGAUUAAAAAAUACAUAUACUUUAUUAAGAAAGGACACAGAUUGGAUUUUAGAAAAUUGUGUAGAAAUUAUAAAGAACUUAUUAAAAAGUAGUAGUGAUAGUAAAAAGAUAAUAUUGCUAUGGAUAAAUUGUAUUCUUAUCUCUAAUGAGAAGAAAACAAAAAUAAUGUAUCAUUAUUCUACAUAUCCACAAUCAUUAGAUACUUCUUAUGGAUUAUUUUUAAAAUUGUUAGGAGAAAAUUCUUAUGGAUUUUGUCUUAAUAUGUUUUGGGUUUUAUUAUGUUUAUGUGAACCUAUAACUGUAAAUAAAAUUAACGAUUUGGAUUUUUUUUUCUUUUUAAGAAAUGACCCGUUCUCUAAAUUUUUAUUAAAAAAUAUUACAAACCAAUCGUCGUUUGAAGAUAAAUCCAAUGUCGAAAAAAUUAAGAAAAAUGUUGAACGUUCCGAAUGUUUUCAAAAAGAGCCUAAAUUUAUCACAUGUAUAUUUUGGAUGACCUUUAAAUCAUUGAGUGUAUUUUUUAAACCUGCUGUAGAUGAAUUUAUUAAAAUAGUUCAAGAAGCGGGCAAUGCCAAAGAUAAAGAUUUCUAUUAUAUGAAUAUACAUGCAUGGAAGAUUUUCCUGUAUAACACUCGCUUUAAUCAAUUAUUGUUUAAAUUUUUACAUUUAUGUAUGAAUUAUUUUCUUCAUGUAGCAUAUAUAUAUGAUAUAAAUGGAAAUAUUAAUAAUUCUAUGAGAACUUGUUUGAAUGAACAUAAUAAUAGUUUAGUACAUUUGGUUUUAAAAUGCUGUCCUCCUCCUAACGAGAAAUAUUAUAAUAAUACUAAAGAAGGUACAACCGAGGGUAGUAAUAUGGUUUCGCACAUGAGGGAAAAUGAAAAAGUGGAAAGGAAUGAACCUAUUGAAGAAAAUAAAAGAAUUGAAAAUAAUGAUGGGGUUGUCGAAAAUAACCAAAUGAAUGAAUCAGGAAGAAAUGGUUCCCUAGAUGAGGAAGUUAAUAGAGACGAAAGAGAAGGAAUCAACAUAUGUAAUGAAAGAAAUAAUAGGGUAUCAUUAGGUAUAAAUAAUAACGAAGAGAAUACCCCAAUGGUGAUAAGACCUUUGGAUGGAUCAGAUGAUCGUUUAUAUGCAUCUCCACACUUUUCUAUAAUACCUACUUUUUUUUUAAGUGAUAUAUUUGAAAUUUUAUAUUUAUUAUACGAAUUAGAUUUAUUUAAAAGUCCGAAUAAUGAAACAUUAAUGAAUUAUUUAGAUAUAGAUUUGUUUUUAGCCUUUUCUAUAUUUACAAUGUUAAGUGAAAAUCAUAUUAAGAGUAUUCAUUUAAGAUGUGAAUCAGCACCUAAAACAUUUUCAUUUUUAUAUAAAUUAGAUAAUUUAAAAAAAGUAAUUGAAGAAUCUGAAUUGACUAAAAAAUAUAUAAUAAAAUCAUUAACAAAUGUAUUUAUAGCUUCACAAAAAGGAGAAUAUACGGAAAGAAUGCAAACACGUGUACGUAUAGUAGAGAACUUUAAUAGUUUCUUUUUAAAUAAAACAUAUGUAAAUCAAUUUACACAAUUAGUUAUAAAUAAUAAUAAUUUAUUUGUUCACUUGAUACAUUUAUUAUUAAAUGAUGUAAGUUUCCUAGUUGAAGAGGUUGUGUCUUAUUUAUCUGAAAUAAAAAGAAGAGAAGAAAAUAAUAAGAAGAAAAAGGAUUCCCAACAAGAAAAUGAACAAGAAGCAAAUUCAAAUUCUUAUUUAAAUGCGACUACAAGGAAUAAUAGAACAUCAAAUGGAAGUAGCAAUUCUGUAGCUAAUCUAAACUAUUCAUCUUUAAAUAAUAACAGUAAUAACAAUAAUAAUAACAAUUUUAAUGAUUCCUCAUUUAAUAGUGAUAAUAAUAGUGAUGAUGGAGAAGAAGGUGGAAUGGAUUAUGAUUUAUCAAAUGAAAGUAUGAGAAACCUAGCAGCCAAAACAAAAAUGAUUAUAACAUAUUGCUAUAAGUCAUGCAUAUUUUUAAAUUUAUUAUGUAAAAAUUAUCCAAAUAAUAUACUUACAUCCAAUACCAUUCUUUCACAAAUCGUUACAUGCUUAAACUGUUAUUUUGAUUAUUUAGUUGGUCCCAAAUGUUUAAAUAUCAAAGUUAAAAAUAUGGAACAAUAUAAUUUUAGACCACAAUUAUGGCUCACCAGUAUAGUAGAGUCUUAUCUAUUCUUAUUGAAUUCAGAUAAAGAACACGAAGAGUUGUUAAUUAGAGAAAUAGCAAAUGAAGGAAGAUAUUAUAAAGCUGAAAUUUUUAAUAAAGCUUAUUAUAUAUGUAAAAGAGAAGGAUUAUUACACAAAGAAGAAUUAAAUAAAUUUAAAAACUUUUGUCAAGAAAUUGUAGAUAUGAAAGAUGAAGUAGAAUUAUUUAAUGAUGUUGAUGAUAUACCUGAUAAUUUCUUAGAUCCAAUUCUACAAGAUAUUAUGUUAGAUCCCGUCCUUUUACCUACAUCUGGUAUUAUUAUUGACAGAAAGAAUAUUGAAAGACAUUUAAUGAGUGAACCUAAUGAUCCAUUUAAUAGAGCCCCACUUUCAAAAGAACAGCUAGUACCCAUGCCACAGCUAAAGGAAGAAAUUCAAAAUUACAUAAAUAAAUUAAGACAAGAAAAAAAAAAAAAAAAAAAAAAAAUCGAUAAUAUAGACUUUGAUGUAGAAAAUGAACCAUUCCCAAAUUUUCAUCAGGAACAAAAUGGAGAAGUCCAAAAAAAUGAAACUUCAAAUAUGUAA